AUGGGUUUGAGAGCUUUGUUUGGAUCAUUAUUCCUGGUCUUGUUUCUUGUUGUCCAUGCUGUCCAUGUCAAUGCUCAUCCACCGAAGUUCCGGGCAACUGAAUGGAAACAUGCUCAUGGAACAUUUUAUGAAGGAAGCUCCGAUACAUUUGGUGGAGCUUGUGGAUACCAUGAUGUAGUUAAAGAAGGCUAUGGCCUGGAGACAGUAGCAUUGAGCAAUGCAUUGUUCAACAAGGGAGAGAUGUGUGGUGCAUGCUUCGAACUCAAAUGCGAGGACGAUCCUCAAUGGUGCAAACCCGGGCAACCAAGUCUCAUUGUUACAGCAACCAACCAGUGCCCUCCCAACCCCGCGCAGGAUAGUAAUAACGGAGGAUGGUGCAACGAACCCCGUGAACAUUUCGACAUAGCAAGGCCUGUGUUCGAGACAAUUGCCCAGUACAAGGCCGGCAUCGUUCCAGUCGCAUACCGCAGGAUUCCAUGUGACCAUAAGAAAGGAGGCAUCAAAUUUACAUUAUCUGGGAAUCCUUAUUUCACUGAAGUGUUGGUGUGGAAUGUCGCUGGCGCCGGGGAUGUGAAAGACGUCAAAGUGAAAACGGAGGAGCAUCCCGAUCAGUGGCUGCAGAUGUCGAGAAUGUGGGGACAGAGGUGGGUUUACAACGGAAAAUUGUGCGAGUCACAAGGGGCGCUUAGCUUCCAAGUGACAUCGGGUGAUGGAAGAAGCGUCGAUUUGGAAUGUGUUGCCCCGAAGGGUUGGGCGUUGGGCAACACUUAUGAAGCCAAGAAUAAUUUCGAUUAG